AAAUAUUUAUUUUUUUUUAAUUAUGAAUCCCGCCUAAACCAUAGCAUAACAAUUCCUCUAACAAUACUAUUAGACUUUAAUGACAAACAAAAUGGGUUUAAUCUAAUUUUAUACUGAUGCCUCUCAUAUGACAUAUGGUGGAUAACAACAUGAUGGCUUGAAAUAAAUCAACGAGAAAUUGGAAUCAUUGGCUUUCUAAAAAAUAGUUUAUAAAAUUGAUGAUAUGGAUGUCUAACCAGGAGCAUUGGAGAAUUCUCUAUUCAUUUUUGUCACUGGGUAAUUACAGAUGGAUGAAGCUGAGACAUACAAAUUCUCAUAAAGUUUCUAAAUUCUUCCAAAUGGCUAAGGAGGUUUAUACGUGCAUAAUGAUAUCUUCAGAUUAGUUUAUUGAUAUAUUAAUAAUAAAAAUUUAU